AUGACACAGCACAGGGAUCACACACAUUGAUAUAUCCUGGGUUGUUGCACAUUAGACGAGCAGUACUUGGAAAUAUCUGAAUUGGAUUUAAAUGUAUGUUUGUCUGCGUUAAUCUAAUGGUAUUGCAAGUGUUAUACAAUGCGUUUGCGAGACUCUCCGGACCAGAAUAAAUUGUGGCAUAUCGGUCCAUGUAUCAUAACUGCGCUAAUACUUAUAAAGUCAACUGUUUGCACACCGGUGUCAACGGACUGGCGGGUCGAGACACCUGAGGCCGAGGGCUUCCUGGAGAAAUAUGGAUAUCUGCACCAGGACAAUCACAUACACAAUGCUGCAGAGGUCAAAACAGCAGUCCGGGAGUUUCAGUGGCUGUCCCACCUGCCCGUCACAGGACAGCUGGAUGGUGCCACCCUGAAGCAGAUGGGCACACCACGGUGUGGGGUAAAGGAUGAGGGCAGCCAUCAGGUCUGGGCACAGAGAGUCUAUGCAGUCUUCACAGGCAAGAUUGCGUCCAAUGUGUCACAAACCCGCAGGAAACGCUAUGCUCAACUAGGUGAGAAAUGGUACAAGCGUCACCUGACCUACAGGAUAGUGAACUGGCCUCGUCACCUUGCGCCAGGCCCCGUGCGGCUUGCAGUGCGUGCCGCCUUUCAGCUGUGGAGCAAUGUGUCAGGCCUGGCCUUCCAGGAGGUCCCAGAGGGCCCCUCGGACAUCCGCCUGGCGUUCUAUGAGGGCGAGCACAAUGACGGGGCCAGCAACGCCUUUGAUGGCCCAGGGGGAGCUCUAGCACAUGCCUUCUUCCCUUGCCGGGGGGAGGCCCACUUCGACAUGGCAGAGAGAUGGACGCUGUACGGACACAAGGGCCACAACCUGUUCAUGGUGACAGCCCACGAGAUAGGCCACACACUGGGGCUGGAACACUCACCGGUGCGCCACUCCCUCAUGUCCCCCUACUACAGGAAGCUAGGCCGCGCCCUGGUCCUCAGCUGGGAUGACAUCGCUGCAGUGCAGCAGCUCUAUGGAAAGCCUCUGGGGGGUCUGCCUAUGAGGUUAACAGGCCAGGCAUUCAGCUCAGCCCUGCAGGAGUGGGAGCUGGCCGAGGAGCCCGAGGGACAUCCUGAAAUUACCCAGCCCCUCUACUGCCAGGGAGUCUUUGAUGCCAUCACUAUGGACCAGAACCACACAGUGCUGGUGUUCCGGGGCAGUGUGUACUGGAUGGUGUCGGCUCAGGGGAACGUGAGCGCACCUCUGCCUCUCCAGCAGCGCUGGCGCCACCUCCCACUGGCCAUCGAGGCCGCGGCCUUUUCCCCACUGGACAGCAAGUGGUACUUCUUCAAAGGUAAGCGUAUAUGGCGUUACUCGGGCAGUGCCCUGGACCCUGGCUUUCCCAGGAGGAGCAGCCAGGCCGGACUCCCCUGCCACCCAGACUGUGCCUUCUACUACGCCCCCCUGGGACACAUGGUCCUCUUUAAGGGCCCCCGCUACUCCGUGCUCAACCUGCACACACUGAGGUCCGAGCCCUACUACCCGCGCCGGCUGGCCGACUGGACCGGGGUGCCCCAGGGAACCAACGGUGCGCUGACCCGUCCCGACGGGCGCCUCUAUCUCUUUAGGGAGCAGCAGUACUGGAGGUUUGACCCGGUGAAGGUGCGCAUGACCAGAGAAGGCCAGUGGGCUCAGGACCUGGAUUGGAUAGGCUGCAGGAACAGGACUCACCAGGGCAAUGACAUCCUGUGACAAACGUGGAGCUACAGCUCUCAUAUCAAAGUUGAUAUUAGGCCAAAAGCCUGAAACAAUAGCCUGGGUACAAGUCUGUUUCUGAUAAUAUUCCAGUACUUAUACUCUGUAUCAUAUGCCAAACAGUUUGGCAUGACAAGGAGUGGAAACAGACUGGUACCCAAACUACCAAAACAUAUAAAAGGCCAUUAUGUGCAAUCUAAAUAUGGAAGACUUGGUUGGAGCCGGCCGGGUUCGUUGGCCUGAAACACUGUCAUCAGUGCAAUCGAACUUGACUUUUUGGUAAGAUUCAUGACACAAUAAAAUUGACAUUAGUAAUGAACAUUGUUGAGCAUAUUAAACCUGGGUCGGGCCAGGCACACUGUAGAGAGCACUGCUGACCAUUCACCUUUUAAAAGGCAAUGUUCCCGACAUUCGUGAAGAUCGCAUUCACAGUAAACUCUGCAGAUAUCAUCUCAUUAGGAAAUUCCCUUUAAAGUCAAGCACUCUACAAUGUGACUCGGAUUGAAUCCCUGCCCUGGUGACAAGUACAGUGCAUUUGGAGAGUAUUCGGACGCCUUGAAUUUUUUCCACAUUUUGUUACGUUACAGCCUUAUUUUAAAAAAUGUAUUCAAAUGUUUUUUUCCACCCUGAUCAAUCUUAAAACAAAA